AUGGCUAAGCUCUCAAUUGCUGAUAAAUUGGAUGAAUUAGACAUAUCUGGUGGUAAUAGCUUUCCAAAUCAAGAUUUAUCUUUCCUCAAUAGAUUCAGUCUCAUAAAGGGACUUGGUGAAUUAUGUCGAGAAAUUGUAACCGAGAAUGAACAAAACCAAGGAGCAAGCUAUAACUUCUAUAAAAAUUUAAGACUUGUAGAAUCGUGUCAAGAAAUUGUAGGACUUGCAGAAUUGUGUCAAGGUUCUACACCGACCUUACAACUGACAUUUACUGCUAAUCAGCUAAAUGGUUCUCUCACCACCUCUACUGAUACAGCAUUAUUCGAUAGCAUGUUUAAUUCAAGUUAUUUGGAAUUUGAAGAAAACCAAUCUGCGCCAAUCAUGCCUUUAUGUAUUAUUCCUUACAAUAUUAAUUCUGCUAACAGAAGCGUUUGUAAAAAGUCUAAAACAAAGAUCAAGAAAUCCACAAAGCCCCCCAAUGCCUUCAUUUUUUUUAGGAAAGAAAAACUACAAGAAAUUAAUGAGAUAAUUCCUAACAUCACCCAAGGCGAUGCUUCCAAAAUAAUCAGCUUAAUGUGGCAUAACAAACCGUUAGAAGAGCGCUUAAAUUUUGAAAAAAAACUACAAGAAGUUAAGGAGAUAAUUUCUAACAUCACUCUAAGUGAUGCUUUCAAAAUAAUCAGCUUAAUGUGGCAUAAUGAACCAUCAGAAGAGCACUUAAAAUUUGAAAAAAAAGCUAAAGAGGCUAAAAAUAAACAUAUAAUGAAAUAUCCAGAAUAUUAUAACCAACAAAAACCUAAAGUGAAGUAG